AUGACAUUUACAAUCAACGCAUACAACUUUGAAACUGUAUCAGCAUCAGCUAUCAUGUCUGCAUUAAGUACCAGCGAGGGAAAAGAUUCAGUUAUUGAAGGUAUUACAAAAUUAGUCAACGCAUAUGGAGCAAAGCAGAAACCUCAACCUCAACCUCAACCUCAACCUCAACCUCAACCUCAACCUCAACCUCAACCUCAACCUCAACCUAAACCUCAACCUCAACCCCACCAACAAAAAAAAAGGCAGUCUACAAUGCAGCAACAGUCAGCCAUCCACAAGGUGGUCAGACCAGAGUCACCUGUGCCAAAUAUACCACCAGCACCAUUGGUUGAUCAACCCAAAUCAAUUCUACAAUCACUGUUUGAUCGAUUAAAGGCAAUUGGAGAUUAUCUUUUAGUGGGUCUCAUGAAGAUAAUCGAUUGGGUCAUUCAUCACAUGGACUUUGUCGAACGAUUAGUACUUUUGGUUAUUAAAUGCGCAAAAAUGAAUAUUUUAGGUUUCUCUCUUGGUCAAGAACUCUCAACAUUAAUUGUUAUAAGUUUACUUACACAAAAAAAAUAUUAUCUAGCAACCAUGAUCUUUACAUUUACUGCAGUUCAAUCAUCAGUGACAUGGUUACGCGCUAAUAGAUUCACCCCAAUGAGACCGCUCAGCUCAGAUUCACUUCUAGAGUGCUUUGAAUCUGAAGCAGAACCAGCUAUCAGCAGUGCAAUUGGUUCAAGAGAGGGAAGAACAAUGAUACUUGAAAGGAUGAAACAAGCAUUCGGUGCAUUGGACCAAAAGCAAGACCAAGAAGAAAAGGGAUAUUUUGAAAAAGGUAAAGAAAUUGUUCAAUCAAUUCUUCAAUCGCUGUGGAAUGGAUUAAAGGCAAUCGGAAACUAUCUUUUAGAUGGUUUCUUGAAAAUCGAUUGGACAUUUAGUAAAUCUUCUUGUUUUGAUAAUAGUUGGUUGGAUAGAUCUUAA